AUGUUAAAACCGGACACUUAUAUAAUACAUCCUAAAACUUCUUCCAUAUCAGCAAAUGAUUCUCCAAUAACAUCAACAUCAAAAAUUUUGGCACACAAAAGAUCAUGUAUAUUACCAGCUAUAACAACUGUUACACCUGGAGUUUUAUCAUUCCACUCCACUACAACUACAUACGGAGAUAAUUUAUCAACAAGUCUACUAGAUAAACCAACAAUUCAAGUUAAUUUACGUAGUUCCAGUAACGCUAAAGAAUCUUUUGCAGCAUUUUAUUGUACAGAAAUGGGAAAUAGUGAUAUUGGUUUAAGUGGUUCAACAAUUCUCCCAUCUGGAGAUAAAGCUCCUGAGAAUGGAGUUGGUAAUAGAAACACAAAUAGAGAUUUUCUUCAUGUAACAAUGAUGGAUUAUUUAUUAAAGAUAUCUUCCCUCAUAAGUAUGGUCUCUGUUUGUCUUCAUACCCCCCAAACAUUAGAAAUAUAUCCCAAACUAUGGUAUGUCAUUAUAAUUUUAGAUUCUUUUGUCACAACAAUCUUUACAUUUGAAGCUCUCCUUCUCAUAAAACAAUCUCAUAGUGUUAAAUUUUCAUCAAACACAAUAACUCCACCAAAUGGAAUGAAUAAAAAGAAAAAAUAUUUUACAACAAAAUGGAGAAUUUUUGAUUUUUGUCUUCUUUUAUGUCAUUAUAUAAGCAUAUUACUAGAUAUAUUAUGGUUUGUUAGGAAUAGAUUUCCUAAUUCUGGAAUAAUUUAUAGAAACUGGUAUAGUGUUCUUAGGAGUCCCAGACCAUUUAUUAUGAUAAGAUUUAUUAGAGAAAUUGUUAGCUUUAAAUUACCAAAAAAUAGGAUUCAACAAAUUAUUAAGAGAUCAUCUCAACAAAUACAAAAUGUAACAAUAUUUUUUCUUUUUUUUAUGGCAUUAUACGCAAUAAUGGGUGUUCAAUUUUUUGGUAGAAUGGAGUAUCAUUGUGUUCUUCCUGGUACUGAUCCAUUAAAUGUAACAAUAUCAGAUUUAGCAAUUCCAGAUACAAUGUGUUCAAUGGAAUCAGGAUCAGGUGGAUAUCAAUGUCCACCAAAUAUGGUAUGUAUGAAACUUCAAAUGAAUUCUCAUAGACAAGGUUUUUAUGGAAUGUUUAAUGAUUUUGCAUCAUCAUUAUUUACUGUAUAUAUGGCAGCAUCUCAAGAAGGAUGGGUAUAUGUUCUUUAUGAUUGUUUAGAUACAUUUCCAUCAUAUAUAGCAUUUUUUUAUUUUGUAACAUUAAUAUUUUUUCUAGCAUGGUUAGUAAAAAAUGUUUUCAUUGCUGUUAUAACAGAAACUUUUGCUGAAAUACGUGUACAAUUUAGUGAAAUGUGGUCAACUAGAGAAAAACAAUCAGAAGAUAGUUAUACACAAAGAUUAGAAAAAACUGGUUCUGGUAAAUGGAAAUUAAUAGAAAAUUCUGAUUUAACAUCUCAUGAUUCACCUUGUCUUAUGUAUAAAAUUGUUAGAAGUACAUAUUUUCAAAUAUGUAUAAUGGCAUUAGUAUUAUUAAAUUCUCUUAUUAAUGCAUCAUUUGUACAUUAUCAUGAUGAGAGUGAUGCUAAAAGAAAAAUUAUAUAUUAUUAUAUAGAAGUAUUCUUUACAAUAUUAUUUAAUAUAGAAUUUUUAUUAAAAGUUUAUGCAUUAUCAUGGAAUGGUUUUGUUUCUAGAGGACAACAUAAAUUUGAAUUUAUUCUUGUUGUUGGAAGUACUUUUAAUGUUUUUCCAAUGUUAUAUGGCACAAAUUUUUUUACAUAUUUUCAAGUUUUUCGCCUUCUUCGCCUAAUUAAAGCAUCUCCUAUGUUAGAAGAUUUUGUUUAUAAAAUUUUUGGACCAGGAAAAAAAUUGGGUGGAUUAGUUAUAUUUACAAUGGUUGUACUUAUAUUAACAUCUGCCAUAUCAUUACAACUUUUUUGUUAUGUACCAAAAUUAGAUAAAUUUAGAACAUUUCCUCAGGCAUUUAUGUCAAUGUUUCAAAUUAUUACGCAAGAGGGAUGGACAGAUGUUGUUGUUGAAAUUUUAAGGUCAACAAAUGAAUCUUUUGUUGUUUUUGUGGCAGCAUAUUUUGUUGGAUAUCAUCUUUUUGUUACACUUAUUGUUUUAUCACUUUUUGUUGCUGUUAUUCUUGAUAAUUUAGAAAUGGAUGAAGAGUUAAAAAAAGUUAAACAAUUAAAAGCUAGAGAAGAAACUACUUGUAUGAGAACAACAUUACCAUUAAGAUUAAGAGUUUUUGAAAAAUUUCCAACAAGACCACAAAUGGUUAGUUUAAAAAAAGCUAGUAAUGAAUUUCCAUUACCUAAAAUAAGAGAUAGUUUUACAAGAUCAUUUGCUGAUGAAGAUCUAAUUACAGGUAGUGAAGAUAUUGAAGAAACAUGGAUUGGUAAAAGUGUUAAAUUAUUAAAAUGUAUGGGAAAAAUAAGAAGUAGUGUUGCAUGUAAAGUUAAAAUGAGACAAAUUGGUAGUGUUACAAAAAAAACUGGUCUUUUACAAUUAUUAGAUAGUUCAAAUAAAAGUAGAAUGAUAUUAAGUGACUCAAAUCAAUUUUUAACUGGUACAAAAACAUUUAAAGGUGAUGGAACAAGUGGAAAAGGUAAAAAAACUUAUGGUGUUAGUGGACAUUCAAUGAAAAUAAAUCAAAUAUAUGAGGUUAUGAAAGAGAAUGGUGAUUGUCGACCAACAGAUUCAGCACCAAAAAAUAAUCUUAAACAAGGUGAAAUAGAUAUAAGAGCAUUACAACAAAAAAGAGCACAGGCUGAAUUUACUAGAAAUCGUAUUGAAGAAGAAAUGCGUGAAAAUCAUCCAUUUUUUGAUUGUCCACUUUUUACUGUUGGUAGAGAUAGUAAGUUAAGACAAGUAUGUAAAAAAAUUGUUUAUGCAAAGUAUAAUUCAAAUAAAAUUGAUUCAUUAAGUGGUAAACCAACAACAAUACGUUAUAAACAAUUUUAUGCAUUUAUAAGUUUAAUGACAUACUUAGAUUGGUAUAUGGUAAUUGUUACAUCAUUUUCAUGUUAUUCAAUGUUAUUUGAAUCACCAUGGCCAACAACAGGAGAAAAUUUAAUUUUUAAUAAUCCAUAUCUUCAAGUAACAGAAUAUAUAUUUAUAUUAUCAAUGACAAUAGAAUUAGGUGUAAAAAUUAUAGCUAAUGGUUUAUUUUUUACACCAAAUGCUGUUGUUAGAGAUGUUGGUGGUGUUAUGACAUUAUUUAUUUAUAUAACAUCAUUAUGGUAUUUAUUAUGGAUGCCUCAUCAUGUUGAAAUAAAUUCAUUUCCUCAACUUUUAAUGAUAUUUAGAGCACUUCGACCAUUACGUAUAUAUACAUUAGUACCACAUAUACGUAGAGUUGUUGUAGAAUUAUGUAAAGGUUUUAAAGAAAUUCUUUUAGUAACAAUACUUUUAGUAUUAUUAAUGUUUAUCUUUGCUUCAUUUGGUGUACAAAUUGUUGGUGGAAAAUUAGCUGCAUGUAAUGAUCAAACAAUAAAAACUCGUAAAGAUUGUACAGGAGUUUUUUGGCAAAAAGUUUUUGUAACAAGAAUGGAAGUUCAUGGUAAAGAUUCAGAAGAAUUACAUCCAAAAAUUUUAGUACCAAGAGUUUGGACAAAUCCAAGAAAUUUUAAUUUUGAUCAUAUAGGUAAUGCUAUGUUAGCAUUAUUUGAAACACUUAGUUAUAAAGGAUGGAAUGUUAUAAGAGAUAUUGUUGGAACAAGACAAGGACCAUGGGCUGUUUUAUUUAUACAUAUUUAUGUUUUUAUUGGUUGUAUGAUUGGUUUAACAUUAUUUGUUGGUGUUGUUAUUGCUAAUUAUAUGGAAAAUAGAGGUACUGCUUUAUUAACAGUUGAUCAAAGAAGAUGGCAUGAUUUAAAGGCAAGAUUAAGGAUGGCACAACCAUUACAUGUACCACCAAAACCAGCUGAAUCAGCUAGAGUUAGAAGAAGAUUUUAUGAAUGGACUAUGGUAAAAGGUUUUAAACAAUUUUUUGUUAUUCUUGUUCUUAUUAAUUCAGCUACUCUUGUUAUACCAUGGAAUGUUGAUGAAGAAGAAUCACAAAUGAAUACAUUAUAUCUAACAACAGCUAUCUCAGCUAUAUGUAAUAUACUUUUUACAGUUGAAGUUUUUUUAAAAAUAAUAGCAUAUACAUUAAAAGGAUUUUGGCAAUCACGAAGAAAUAAAGUUGAUCUUAUUAUAACAAUUAGUGGUUUAGUAUGGAUAAUUAUUCAUUUUAUGAUGGCAACACCAGCAGCAAAAUUAUCACAAAAAACAUAUUUAAAACAUUGGACAUAUAGUUUUGGAUAUAUAGUAGCAAUAGCUAGAUUUUUUUCUAUUGUUGGAAGAAAAUCAACAUUAAAAAUGUUAAUGUUAACUGUUGUUAUGUCUAUGGUAAGAUCACUUUUUAUUAUUGCUGCUAUGUUUCUUUUGGUACUUUUUUAUGCCUAUACUGGUGUUAUACUUUUUGGUAUGGUAAAAUAUGGGCAGGCAAUUUCAAAACAUGUCAAUUUUAGAUCUGGAAAAGAAGCACUUGUUGUUUUGUUUCGUUGUGUUACCGGUGAAGAUUGGAAUGAUAUAAUGCAUGAUAGUCAAAUAUGGGAUUUUUGUUAUUGGAGAAGGGGUGAUGAUUUUUGGAAAAGUGAUUGUGGAAAUUAUUAUGGUGCCAUUAUUUAUUUUUGUUCUUUUUAUCUUAUUAUUACUUAUAUUGUUCUUAAUUUGUUGGUAGCCGUUAUUAUGGAAAAUUUUUCACUUUUUUACAGUUCUGAAGAAGAUGCUUUAUUAAGUUAUGCUGAUAUUAGAAAUUAUCAACAAGUCUGGAAUAUGAUUGAUAUUGAACAAAGAGGUUCCAUUCCAGUUAGGCGAAUUAAAUUUCUUUUAAGACUUUUGAAGGGACGUCUUGAAGUUGAUACUAAUAAAGAUAGACUAUUAUUUAAACAUAUGUGUUAUGAAAUGGAAAAAAUUCAUAAUGGUGAAGAUGUUACUUUUCAUGAUAUUUUAUAUAUGUUAAGUUAUAGAAGUGUAGAUAUAAGAAAAUCUCUUCAAUUGGAAGAAUUACUUCAAAGAGAAGAAUUAGAAUAUAUAAUUACAGAAGAUGUUGCAAAAAGAACAAUUAGAGAAUGGUUAGAGGGAUGUUUAAGAAAGUCAAAACAAGUUUCAACUAGUACAGAAAAUCCAUUAAUAGCACAAAUGAGAUCAACAUUAGUACCUCAGUCAUCUGUUGGAUUACAAUCAACAAUAACUCCAACAAGUCUUAGUCCAAGUAUUAAUAGUGAUUUAUCAACAAUUGUUAAUGAUAAUUUAAUGAUAAAUAAUGAAAAAUCUCAAUCAAAAGGUGGUGUUAAUUUAGCAUUUGAUGAUACAGCAUUAUCUGAAAGUUCAUUUAUUACUGGUCCAAGAUUAAGUUUAGAUAGAAUUAAAGCACCAAAUAUACUUUUACAACCAAGAAGGAGUACCUUCCAAAAUCAAUUAAGAAGACAAAAAUCAAAGAAAAGGCGUUCCUCCAUUCCUGAAUUGAUGGGUGAAGCUAAAAAAAUUGUAUUAGGAAAUAUGACAGGGCGAAUGAAAUCAUUAUCUAUUCAUGCUACUGCACAACCAUCAUCAUCAUCAGCUUCUGCUUUAUUAAUUGACUCUAGUGAUGGAAAUAGGUCAUCUUUAAUGGAAACUUCAAUAGAUUACUCAUCCUCUGUAAAUAUGUCUACAGAUAAUCUACCAACACACUCAACUCAAUCUUCAAAUAUUUAUACAAAUAUUAAAAAUAAAAACUUACCAUUAUCAAAACAUCAUUAUCAAAUAGUUAUGAAUAUUCCUAACCAAUCAACAUCACAAAAUACUUCAUUAUCACAACAUCCUGUAAUAUUAAGUGAAGCACUAACUGAAGUUGAGGAAAAUUCUGAAGAAGGUCUUGAUGAAAUGAUAACAGAUAAACCUAGAAAAGAUUCUUUAGAUGUACCAAAUAUUGUUUAUACAACAUCUGCAAAAACAAACAGAUUAAAUAUGGAUGAUGAAACAACAACGACAACUUCAAGUCAAGGAAAAGAUUUUGCUAAUCUUUUCUUGGAAGAUCAAAUAGAUCCAGAGGAGAUAAAAAAUUGGUGGGGACAAUUUAGUAAUAAUGAUGAUACAAUGGAAGACAGUAUUCAUAAAACAAAUAACAAUGAUUUUUAA